UGUGUGCGGGGGGGCGCUGGAGGCACAUAUUGUGCGGAGUGUAAACAUAGAGGAGAUGGGAAUGAUUUUCACCUGGUAGUCGCGUCUUUCAGCGUAGAUGCGGACGUGUGCAGAACUAGAAGGGUUUAAUGCGCCGCUCUGACCCGCGGAUUAAUCUACCUUUGCCGUCUUAACUUGUAAAGCAGUUAGCACGCGCCUCCCUUGACAGGGGAAGGGGGGUCAUUGUACCGUCACCCUCUCAAAUUUCGUGUUUCUGUCUUCAUAGUCGCUCCCCGGACGCUGUUUUGAUGCCGUACGAACUCAGAAGUCGUCCGUAGAGAGUUAGGACACCGAGCAGAGUGUUUAUUUUUGUCGAAUAGCUGCUGUUGCUGCUCUUUGUCUCCGCGGAGGUGGCCCAGUUUAGCUAAACAUCUCAUUUUAACCGCUUCUUAAUGGAGUUCUUUCUUUGUUAGCUAAUACGGGAUCUAAUAAGCUUAGUCCUCGGGUCACAAAGACGGCCGUCGGGCGAAAAAUGGUGUUAAGGAGCUACUGGAAAUGUCGGCUUAAAGGCAGCUGUUCUCCUGGCUGGAUGCGGCCAGGGCUGGUGGCUGUGUUCUGGUUCGGGGUGAUCCAGCUGGUCUGCGGCGCUGGGGCGGUGGGAGAAGUUAAAUUCGUGGUCCAAAAGGAGGCAGAGUUUGACAUGACUUAUAAUGACACGGUUACAAGUGUAAACCAGACUAUCUAUUCCUUCAACCACACCAUCUCCAGGAAUAAGACAGAGGGGGUUCGUGUGACCGUGGAUGUGAUGCAGCAGCAUCUGGAGAGUCCGAUUCUGUUUGUUGUUCGGCAGAAACAAGCCGUGAUGUCUUUCCAGCUCCCCCUCAUCCUGAGAGGCCUGUGA